AUGUCCGGGGCCCGCUUCAUUAAAUAUACCAACCUUGCUGGCAAGCAGGUUCCGAUUUAUGUGGCUAGUGAGGUCCAACAUGCUGGCUAUAAGCGCCUACUCGAUUCAAUUGACCCAAACACCCUCAAUCAAACCGUGGCCAAGGUAGAAUCGGCUGUGGAGAACAACAGGCUGUUUACAGCAUCUCAGGCGUCUAGGACUAGCUCCAUCACGAUCACGUCUAUGCCCCACCCAAGUAACGAAGACCCAAACGAACACAGCACGGUUGUUGCGCAAGAUACUCAGGGAACUCAGGUCGCGAAAGGACAUGUCACUACCGAUGCAAGCAAGCAACAGGCGGCCCGUUAG